AUGGGUCUCCUAAACCUCACUCGGUCCCGCGACUCGAGAUCAAGACGGCCAAAGCUGCCGUUAUACCGAGAAGUCCCUCGCCAGGAGCGCACACAUCGCUCCCAGCGCUCCCCAACAACCAAAGAGCGCUACUCCGAUUCCUCAGACACCUCAGAUGACGAGGAAGAAGAUGACGACGAUCUCACCGAUGCCUCGUCAGACAACUCCCGACACACAUCCGCCUCGACCUCCUCGUCCGCGGCCAUGAUAUCUGCUGGCCCUACUCGCCGAAACGUCGCCACCGCCCAGACCCGGCGGCCGGCCACCCGAAAACCAAAGCAUCUCUACCGCCUCCCCAACCGCGUCAUCCGCUGCCUCUGCAUUGGCAUGAUCACCACCAUCAUCAUCUUCAUUCUCGUCCUGAUUCGCGCCAGCCAGCUGGAGAAUAGGCGCAUAGCUGAGGCCCACAAGAACAAGCGACCUGCUGCUAAUAAUCACGAACCCCCACCGCCAUGGGAAAAGUUCGACUUCCUAACGAGGUACUACGGCGGUGUGAAGACUUUGGUGUUGCUCAAGGAAAACAAACCGCAGUAUCCCCCGCUAACGGAGGGCGAGGAACUUUUUAACGUGACCAAGCCGCAGACGUGGCAGGCGGAGGUGCAGAAGAGGCCGAUGCCGAAGAGUAAGCCGUUUGGGGGGCAUCCGUCGGCGGUGUUGCCGACUGUCGAGGGGGAUGGGAUUCGGGAGUGCUCGCUGGACGAGGAGGGGUUGGUGAAGGUGCCGGGGAUUCGGUAUCUGGAGGGACGGCCGAGCGGGUUCCCAGAGAAUAUUCUGGGCUCGUAUGAGUUGCUGUCGCUGCCGGAAGAUAUCUGCUUUGAUCGGUUUGGACGGUAUGGGCCUUAUGGGUAUGGGUACUCGGUUGGGGCUGGUGGAUUAGGUGUUGGGGAGGAGGGUGAUCGUGAGGGUGCUGAGCUAGUUUGGGAGGGGGGAAGGAAGGUUGAUUACAGGAAGAUCGAUUGGGCUAAUGUUCAGCGUCGGUGUUAUCAGGCGAAUGCCGAAAGGUAUAAGCCGUAUGUUGAGAAGGAAGCGCCGCCGAGGGGGUUCUAUAUUGGCGAUGGACUUCAGCUCCAGAGCCCGAAGGUCCAGGGGCGGGAUACUACUGACGGUCAUACCAGAGAGAGCACCACCGAGGAGCCAGCCAAGCCGACGGGCAAUCUUCCCAGAACGGCUGUCGUGCUCCGGUGCUGGGACGAGUUUGUCUGGCGCGAAGAAGACAUCCUAAACCUGCGAGCUCUCAUCUCCGAGCUCUCUCUUGCCUCAGGCGGCAGCUACGACGUCCAUCUCCUAGUCCAAGUCCGUAACGACGCGGCGAACCCCGUUUGGGCAGACGAAGAGACCUACCGACGACACAUCAACGAGACCAUUCCCGAAGAGUUCCGCGGGCUGGUCACCUUCUGGUCGCAGACCCAAAUGCUUGCCGUCUACCAGGGUAUCCUCGACCUCUGGACGCGUGGUCCGAACUUGCCUGUGCACGGCUCGUACCGCGGCUUGCAGAUGGCCAUGCAGUAUUUUGCGCAUAAUCAUCCGGAGUAUGAUUACUUCUGGCAGUGGGAGAUGGAUAUCCGGUAUAUUGGUCACUAUCUGGAUCUGUUUACCAAGUUGGAGCGCUGGGCGAAGGAGCAGCCGCGUAAGGGGCUGUGGGAGCGCAAUGGGAGGUACUAUGUGCCGGCUGUCCACGGUUCUUGGGAGGAUUUCAAGCAGAUGGUUCGCGUGCAGGUCGAGCACGGCACCGUCGGCGUCGACAACCCCUGGGACCUUGGUAACUUCAAAGAGAAGACCAACAACAAGUCCCCUUCCACUCCCCACAGCGAACAACCCAUCUGGGGCCCCCUCCGCCCCGAGUCCCCCUCCGACUGGCUCGACCCCUCGUCUGACCCCUCCCCACCCACAACCUACGAACAAGACGCCUACACCUGGGGCGUAGGCGAAGACGCCGAUCUGAUCACCCUCAGCCCGAUCUUCGACCCCGAUGGCACGACCUGGCCUUUGGCCGACGACAUAACAGGCUACAACACCACCUCGGGACCCCGCGGCAAGCCCCCUCGCCGCGCACAAAUCAUCACCGCAUCGCGCAUGUCCCGCCGAUUACUAUUGCUCAUGCACCGACACACCUUCCUCAAGAAGCAGCACGCCUUCCCCGAGAUGUGGCCCGCCACGGUAGCGCUUCAUCACGGGCUUAAAGCGGUGUACGCGCCGCAUCCAGUGUAUGUGGAUCGUGCUUGGCCGACAGAGUAUCUCGCGGGAGUGCUGAACGCAGGAAAGAAUGGGGCGUCCGGGGGAGCAAGGACGAGUGUGUACGGGGAGAGGGAGCAUAAUAUGAGGGGACUAACGUGGUUCUAUAAUGCGGGGUUUGCAGGGAAUUUGUAUAAGAGGUGGAUGGGGCUGAGGGUGAACAAUGAUGGUGGGGAGGAGUUUGAGGUGGUGGAGGAUAUGGGGAAGGAGAAGGAUGGAAGUACGCCGGGGAGGAUGAAGGGGGGUGAGGGGAGGAUGUGUUUGCCGCCCAUGUUGGUGCACCCGGUUAAGGAAGUCGAGUUGCCGGUUGUGAAGGGGGCUGAGGGGGAGGAGAGGGUUGAGGGGUUGGGGCCGGAUGCUUAA